GGGACGAGUAGAACACUUUAACGGGGAGAAGAAAACGACGCGCGGGCAUUAAAUAUGUCCUGUUCUGUACUAAAUUCCUGAUUUGUCUGUUUUAUUUUAUUUCUUUUUUUUUUUAAAUAAUGUCGAACACUUCAGAAGCGACGGCGACUUCUUCAACCAAGUACUUCGGCCAGUGUUCGUACACGGCGGAGGAGCAGCAGGCUGUGCAUCAUGCUCUGCGACAGAAGCUGGGACCGGAGUUUAUCAGUAGCAGAAUGGCCGGAGGAGGGCAGAAGGUGUGCUACAUUGAAGGCCACCGUGUGGUCAGCCUGGCCAAUGAGAUGUUCGGCUAUAACGGAUGGUCUCACUCCAUCUCGCAGCAGAACGUUGACUUCGUCGACCUGGUCAACGGGAGGUUUUACGUCGGCGUCAGCGCUUUUGUCAAAGUGCAGCUGAAAGACGGGUCUUUCCAUGAGGAUGUAGGCUAUGGAGUCAGCGAGGGGCUUAAGUCCAAAGCCUUGUCACUGGAGAAAGCCAGAAAGGAAGCCGUCACUGACGGCAUGAAGAGAGCGCUCAAGUGCUUCGGGAACGCCCUUGGAAACUGCAUCCUGGACAAAGCCUACCUUCAGGCCAUCAACAAGAUCCCCAAGCAGCCGCUCCCCGCUCUAGACCCGGCCCUCACCAAGCGCUCCGAAAGGGAGCCCUCGCUGGAGAAAGCCCGCUUCUGCAGUCUGGUCCGAGAGGCCCAGGCCACCGCCCCCCCGCCGGAACCCAGAGUCCUAGACCGUGGCGAGACCUUGUCGGAAACUCACACUCCCAACGCUGGAUCCAGUGGACACGUGAAGAGCGGGGACUCCAGGUAUGAGAAGGGUCUCCUGGUUCUAGCCUCCGGCUCACCUCCACCACGUCACCUUGUCAGAGACACGCUGGACUCUGUGGCGUCCGAGGCGCACACCGACCCCAAGCAGCUGCGCAAGAUACGCCAACAUCAGCUGCAGCAGAAGUUCCGGAAAGAAAUGGAGGCCAAGAUGCUGAAGCAUGAUCCCACCCAGGCUGAGAACCAAGGGGUCCCCAUUGGGUACACGUCCAGUAGAGGUCAGGAGUUGAGAGCUGACUCAGCAGAUGGAAGCAAAGAGCAUCUUCUGGCAGACGAUCCAGACUUCUGGAACUUCACCCUGGAUGGGAUCGAGGAGCUGGAGGUGUCCAGGGUCCGGGGCCCCGGGCUGAGCACGCCACGCAGCCACAAGAUGCAGACCCGCAGCAAGACCCCACAGAGACGGCCGGACCAGCAGGCGUCGUCCGGCGUGGGUCUUGGACCGUACGCACAGUCCAAGUCCCACCUGCAACCAUCCCGAGCAGAUACAAGUCCCUUCAGAGCCGGACAGUCCCUGAAGAAACGCCGACUGGACUCGUGACCUGGACCUCCCGGACUUGGACUAGUCUGACUUUCAUUUUAUGCUCGAGUUGUGUCACAAAGUUUUUGCAAUUUAAUAAAAAAACAUCCAAAGUC